AUGAAAAUAGUAUUCUUUCUGGUAUUACUUUGCAUUGUUACGUACUGCCAAGCAUCAGGCAGACGAGAAGAACGAGUAAACUGGAGAGGCAGAAGAGCGCCAAAAAUUAAGGUGAAUCUGUCGCUAACAAAUUGUAAAUGCAAUGGGUAUGAAGGAGGUACACACGGGGGCGGUCCAAGACCAUUCCGAAUAGUAUGCAAGAAAACUUCAAGUGGUUCUAAAAAGAAAGGAAAGAAGAAGAACAAAGGGGAUGGUUCUAAGAAAAUCACAAAUGAUUGUACGUAUACAGGAAAUCCACAUAAGUGCAGCGAUUACAACAACAACAAUCAGGAAAAGUUUUAUAAGGAACUUAUUGCAGUAAUUGCUCCAAAGCAAUGUGGUAAUCUCAAUCUGGCUGGAGCGCCUUGUCCAGAAGGCACAUUUAACACUAAAAAAACAUGCGAGGAAAUUGAUUAUAACUAGAAUGAAUUUUAUUUCCUGGAGUAUUAUAGACACUAUAUUAUUUCUUUUAAUGCAAUAAUAAAUAUUUCACAAGACAGUCACGCCAUGUUACAAAUGGCAUUAGAUAAGAAAUUGAAGCUUACUAUAACGUAAAAGAUAAAAAGAUAGUGUUUAUUUUUUUUUAAUUCAAGUGUCACGGAUGAGUCUUCUCAUGCGAACGCGCCUCUGGUAUACGAAAUUAUAAGCCUGUUAUCUAAAAAAAAAUGGAGGGGUAAUUGUAUUUACAAAUUAA